CAGCGGCCGGCUGGGCACCAUGAGCGCCGAGGCCGCCGACCGCGAGGCCGCCACGUCCGGCCGCCCGUGCACGCCGCCGCACACCAGCUGGUUCGAGUUCCUGCUGGAGGAGUCGCUGCUGGAGAAGCACCUGCGCAAGCCCUGCCCGGACCCUGCCCCAGUGCAGCUGAUAGUUCAGUUUCUGGAACAGGCCUCCAAGCCUUCCGUCAACGAGCAGAAUCAGGUCCAGCCUCCGCCGGACAACAAGAGGAACCGGAUUUUAAAACUCCUGGCGCUGAAGGUGGCCGCACAUUUGAAGUGGGACUUAGAUAUACUACAGAAAAGCCUAUCUGUGCCCGUCUUAAACAUGCUUCUCAACGAGCUGCUGUGUGUCAGCAAAGUCCCCCCGGGCACCAAGCAUGUGGACAUGGACCUCGCCGCGCUGCCGCCCACCACUGCCAUGGCCAUCCUCCUCUACAACCGCUGGGCCAUCAGGACGAUCGUUGAAAGCAGCUUCCCCGUCCGGCAGGUGAAGCCGGGCCCACCUCAGUUAAGCGUCAUGACCCAGAUGCAGCAGGAGAAGGAGCUCACGGAAAGUAUUCUGAAAGUGCUGAAGGAACAAGCCUCAGACUCGCUGCUGGUGCUGGAAGCAGCCCUGAAGCUCAACAAGGACCUGUGCAUGCACACCAUGAGGACACUGGACCUGCUGGCCGUGGAGCCAGGCACAGUGAACGGGGAGACAGACAGCUGUGCUGCUGGCCUGCAGGUCAGGGCCCAGGAGCUGCAGUGCCAGGUCAGCUUCGACCUGGGCGCCGCCUACUUCCAGCAGGGCUCCACCAAUCCUGCGGCCUACGAGAGUGCCCGGGAGAAGUUUUUCAGGACCAAAGAGCUGCUCGCCGAGAUCAGGUCCUUGUCCCUCCCCUGCACCAUCGACGAGAAGCGGCUCGCCGGCUACUGCCAGGCGUGUGAUACCGUCGCGCCUCCCCCAGACGACGCGUCCCAGCAGCUCACGCCCUACGGUCAAGUUCACCUCUGCUUGCGGUCAGCCAACUAUCAGGAGAUCGUGAAGAUUUUCAUGGAGGACAACUUAACCUUCAGCUUGCCCGCCCAGUUCCGGCAGUCUGUGCUCAGGGAGCUCUUCCAGAAGGCCCAGCAGGGAAAUGAAGGCCUAGAUGAAAUCUGCUUUAAAGUUUGUGCCUGCAACACAGUCCGGGACAUCCUGGAGGGGGGGACCAUCAGUGUUCAGUUCAACCAGCUGUUCCUGAAACCCAACAAAGAAAAAAUAGACUUCCUGCUCGAGGUGUGCUCGAAAUCAAUCAAUCUAGAAAAGGCCUCAGAGUCUCUGAAAGAGAACAUGGCUGUUUUCCUCAAGCACGUGUGUCUGGGCCUGGAGGACCUGCAGUACGUGUUCAUGGUGUCGUCCCACGAGCUUCUCAUCACGCUGCUGAGCGGCGAGGAGCGGAAGCUGCUGGUCGAGGGCCUGCGGAAGCGAAGCCCCCGGGUCAGCCUGUGUGUCAAGCCGGUCACUUCCUUCUAUGAUAUACCAGCCUCUGCCAGCGUCAACAUCGGCCAGUUGGAACAUCAGCUGAUCCUGUCUGUGGACCCCUGGAGGAUCCGCCAGAUCCUCAUUGAGUUGCACGGGAUGACGUCGGAACGCCAGUUCUGGACAGUGUCCAGCAAGUGGGAAGUGCCUGGGGUCUACAGCUGUGUGAUUCUGGGGAUUAAAGACAACUUGACGAGAGACUUGGUUUACAUUCUCAUGGCCAAAGGUCUGCACUGUAGUGCUGUGAAGGACUUCACCCAUGCCAAGCAGCUGUUCGCCGCGUGCCUGGAGCUGGUCACAGAGUUCUCCCCCAAGCUGCGCCAGGUCAUGCUGAACGAGUCGCUGCUGCUGGACAUCCACACGCACGAGGCGGCUGCGGGGCUGGCGGGGGAGCGGCCACCCUCCGACCUCAUCAGCAGGGUGCGCGGGUACCUGGAGAUGCGGCUGCCAGACAUCCCCUUGCGCCAGGUGAUCGCUGAGGAGUGCGUCGCCUUCAUGCUAAACUGGAGAGAGAACGAGUACCUCAUGCUGCAGGUCCCUGCCUUCCUUCUCCAGAGCAACCCGUACGUGAAGCUCGGGCAGCUUUUAGCAGCCACCUGUAAAGAGCUUCCCGGCCCGAAGGAGAGUCGGCGGACGGCCAAGGACCUGUGGGAAGUCGUGGUGCAGAUGUGCAGCGUGUCCAGCCAGCACAAGCGGGGCAGCGAUGGCCGCGUCAGCCUCAUCAAGCAGCGCGAGUGCACGCUGGGCAUCAUGUACCGGAGUGAGCUGCUUUCCUUUAUCAAAAAAUUACGGGAACCAUUGGUUUUGAGUAUUAUUUUAUCGCUGUUUGUGAAACUUCACAAUGUUCGGGAGGACAUUGUGAAUGACAUCACCGCUGAGCACAUUUCUAUGUGGCCGUGCUCCAUCCCCAACCUGCAGUCAGUGGACUUCGAGGCCGUGGCGGUCACGCUGAAGGAGCUGGUACGCUUCGCCCUGAGCAGAAACCCCAACAACCACUCAUGGCUCAUCGUCCAGGCCGACAUCUACUUUGCUACCAACCAGUACUCAGCUGCCCUUCACUAUUACCUGCAGGCUGGAGCCGUGUGUUCGGAUUUCUUCAAUAAGGCCGUGCCCCCGGACGUGUACACAGACCAGGUGAUAAAACGGAUGAUAAAGUGCUGUUCUUUGCUGAAUUGUCACACCCAGGUGGCAAUCUUAUGUCAGUUCCUCAGAGAAAUCGACUACAAAACAGCAUUUAAAUCACUACAGGAACAAAACAGCCACGAUGCCAUGGACUCCUACUAUGGCUACAUCUGGGACGUGACCAUUCUGGAGUACCUGACCUAUCUUCAUCAUAAAAGAGGAGAAACAGACAAAAGACAAAUUGCAAUCAAAGCCAUUGGCCAGACAGAAUUGAAUGCAAGCAACCCAGAAGAAGUGCUACAGCUGGCUGCACAGAGAAGGAAAAAGAAGUUUCUGCAAGCAAUGGCAAAACUAUACUUUUAAGCAGUUUUUUUAACCUUUAUUUUUUAAACAAUGGACUAAAAGUAAAUAGUAUUAAAAGAUUACAUUUAUAUAAUA